UCUUCGCGACGUCACACCAGAUGGAGGACGUCGCACUCAGCCAUGCAGGGAUGAUCACAGCGUGUGUGUGUGUGUGUGCAGAUUCCCUCUAUGCUCACAAUUUGGAUAGGAUUUUACUGCACAGCGUGGUGUCUGCAGUGCCAUCAGGAGCGGGCUUGACUUGGAGACGCUGCAGUGAGCUGCAGAGCAGAACAGUGCAGUGCAACCUCUGGGUUCAGUUGGGGGGGAUCUGACGAUGCAAAUUCACGGUUAGCUGGGGCGUCGUCGUUGGAUUGGACAUGGUGGUUGGCGUCACGGAGAUGAUAGGGGCGGUUCGGAAUAGACUGGUGUAUUUUACUCAUCUAUGCAGGUUUUCAACAGCCGGCGUUUCGUUUCCUCAUCCUUGGAUUUUCCCCUGGGAAAGGAUGAAGACUCUUCGGAGUGUAGUGAGCAGUGAACUUAAGCAUUUCGUGAUUCGGAUUUGAAACUGCGUGGGAAUCGACCUCGAGUAGGAGAGAUCAGCUCGUGAGCAGCUACGACAUUAUUUGUUAGAUCAGACUCUACCCUACCUUUUGCCUUCUGAAAAAUUCCCACUUUGAUGAAAUGGGCGCGAGCAGGAAUGUCGUGUCGCUUUCAUCCUUCAUUUUCGGUGCAUACAUUCUAUUGUCUGCGUCGACAGUGAAUUGCAACAAGGACCAUUUGCGCGGCCUCCAAUCAAUCAAGUGGGCGCCGGCUUCUACCCCGACAAUGAAGCAAGCCGUUGCCGAAUAUGAAGACUGGAUCGAGAACGUUCGGAUGAAACACGAGCUCAAACAGAAGCUUGCGGAUAAGCCAGGGAUGAUCCAGCCCGACCUGACGCUGGAUUUUCCGGGAAUGAAGCAGUACACCGACUGGGAGAGCGUGGUGACGCCCUCUACAUACAUUGUGGUGGACCAGAACGGUAUAGGAGAUUUCAUCUCAUUGAGCGACGCCAUCAAUUCCAUCCCGAAGAACCGAUACCGACAAUAUCGCAUCACCAUCCAACUCAAUGCCGGAGUUUACAGAGAAAAAGUGACUAUUGAGAGGACAAGACCUUUCAUCACCUUGCAAGGACUCGGUCAGCCCACAAUCGUCUGGAACGACACCAACUUCCAUUCAGGCAACCAUACCUUCGAUAGUGCCACGUUUGGAGUCGCUGGAAACUUCUUUCUAGCUCGCUACAUUACUUUCCAGAAUACUGCACCUCCACCUCCACCAGGAGCUAUAGGCAUGCAAGCCGUGGCGCUUCGAGUAACGUCUGACUACGCCGCCUUCCAUGACUGCACCAUCAUCGGCAACCAAGACUCAUUAUACGACCACAAUGGUCGCCACUUCUACAAGGACACCUUCAUUCAAGGCAGCAUCGACUUCAUCUUCGGAAACGGUCUUUCCAUGUUCUACAAUUGUGAGCUGAACGUGAUGCCGACACAAUGGGGUGCGGUAACAGCACAAAAGAGGCAAAAUGCAACCGACAACACGGGCUUCUCCUUCCUGAACUGCAGAAUCACUGGAGCUGGGCGAGUCUACUUGGGCCGAGCUUGGGGACCCUUUUCAAGGGUUGUGUAUUCUUUUACGUGGAUGUCCGACGUCGUUUAUGCGCCUGGGUGGUUCGACUGGGGCCUUCCUGACAGGCAGCUGUCUGUGUAUUAUGGCCAAUACAGAUGCUCAGGGCCUGGUGCAAACGAGACAGGGAGAGUGAUGUGGUCGAGAGAACUCACAAACUGGGAGGCAGCGCCCUUCUUGUCCCUCAACUUCGUCGGUGGAGAGGAUUGGAUUCCUCAAUAUCUCAAGCCUCUAGUGUAGUUUUGUGCAGGCUCUGAAGAGGUUUGAGGUUUCGUUGAGAUCAUUGACGGGUGUGGGUUGGAGCCAGUCGAUGGUGCUUCCCAAUAGAGAAUUUUAAUUAACCGCAGUACCUUGUAAUUAGUCUCAACGAGAAGUGCAAAUGCCGUGGUUCCUACAAUUAAUCAGCUUGUCAUAUGUAUUUUUUUACCUGAAAUCGAUAAGUAGCAGCAUGAAAUA